GUUUCUAUAGAAAUCCCACAAUUUUCCAAAAACAUUAACCAAAGACCACAAGAACACAAUCAUGCUCCUUUUUUCUUUCUCUUAUUAUGUAAGUUGAACUUGAAUUUUCAGAUGAAGUGGUGUUUCUAAGUGGCCUUUUGGAGUAAAGUUCAGAUUAAGCACAUGGACUGGUAUUUCAGAGAACAAUCUGAUGACCUUGUGGUUCCUACUGAUCAAGAAACAUCAGAAGUUCCAUGUACUGAUGAAAUUUCUCCAUUAUCUGAUGACUGGUACCAAGUGGACAACAAUAAAUCCCAAAAUCCUGGAUCACCUGAAAAAUUUUGUCGAAGAUCCCCAUUUACUAAUGCGGGAGAAUUCGAUUUUGAUACACAACAAAUAUAUGAUCAAGUUAACAAUGUCCCUGCUUUGUAUAACGGUGAAGGAUCGAGUAAAUUCAAGUGCAUGUGGAGGAUCUUCAUUGCUCAAUCAUAGUGCAGGAACAUCGGAAGCUUCAUUCCAAGAUCAACCAGAUUUUCGGCUGCAGAACAACAUGGAGCAAAUGGAUGAAAUAUUCUUGAACUCUUUGCUGGAAGAUGAUUUGCAGAAUUUGGGAAGUCCAUAUGAACCAUUACCAAUGUUUCCGGCUUCAGCUUACAGAUCAAUGUCUUUCGAGAAUUUCUUGACUGAUGUGAUUGUAGAGCCUGCAUGUUUGGUGAAAGACUGCAGCUUUCCAGAGUCGGCGAUUGAGAUUAGAGAUGAUGGGAAUAAGGAAAAUAGUUCAUCUUGGUCUUUAAUUCGGGAUGAGUCCAAGGCAUCGGAAGAUUCACAUGCAGAGCCAGUAAUGAAGAGUGAAAAUGAUACAAUUACUGCUGUAAAUGAAGCACAAUGUUUGGAAGAAACUGUGUUGCAUAAACUUGAAGGUGUUAUGACACAGUUGAGUGAAAAGACACGAAUUUGCUUCCGAGAUGCAUUGUAUCGUCUUGCUGAGAGUUCAAAGAAAGCUGAAUAUAGAAAUAGGCCCCCUGCUGCAGGAGAAGUCAAUUGUGACAAUUCAAGGAAUUUAAAGAAAGGCUCAGAAUCAAAGACUAACGCAAUCGACAGGACGGUGGCAAAUCUUUUAUUUACCGAACCAUCCAUGAGUCCAGCCCUUUCUUGCGAAGGGCCGGUUUAUGAUAAUAAUGACAACACAGUAGUAACCGGAAUGCAGUACUCUUUGGAUCAGUCAUCAGGUCGUCCUCAAGCUACAUACUAUGAAGAUAUGGACAAUGAAGAAUAGUAGAUGAAUAUUUGUGUAUCAUGAGCUGUCAAAAUGACAUGCUUCCUAGUUGUUCUAUGAAAUCAGUUUAGAUACAACUUUGGUAUUUUUCCAAGCAAUGGUCACUGAAAACUGGAAGACCUUGUUCCAUUUGAAUGUUAUGUAUGUGAAUUUAUAGAAUGCUAAUUUCAGAUGAAGCUAUUAAUUAAGCACUGAUUAGCAUGAA